CAAACAAAGACCCGCUGUUUCUGACGGGAGUGACCUUCCCUUCAGAGUAUCCUGACAGCCAAGACGCGCUGGUCAAACUGACUGUGUAUGAUGCAAAACACAAGAGCCAAGAAUCAAGUUCCUUCCUCGGCAGCGCUACCUUUUCCAUCGGGGACCUGCUGAGGGCUAAAGAUGGACGACUGACCUUGAGCCUGAGGUCCUCGGAUGGUGUCUGCACAGCAGGGACAGUGGCAGUGAGUCAUCUGAAGAUGGGGGAGAUGGAGGAGGCUGACCACAUCGCCACCGACACGUCCUCACAGAAGUGUCCUUUGGUUUGUGAGCCUGCGGACCAGUCCUGCAUCGACAGAGAGGAUUAUGCGCUAACUGGUCCAGUGUUCAGAAACCCCAUAUGCAAGGUGUACAGAUUCCAAACAGCGGACAGCAAGUGGAUGCUGGUGCGGGAACAAAUGGAGGAGUGCACUCUGUCGUUCACAAUCCCCAGGCAGCUGCUCUCCCUCUACAUUCAGGAGGACAAGAGCAGGUUGCAGGAUCUGGAGGACUUGGGGGAGCUCUCUCCUCAUUGGGACAACCUAAGGAAGGAGGUUGUCACGCGGUACAGAGGAAUCAUCAGCUCCUACCAGGACACUUUGGCUGAACUGGAGAAGAUUACCGGUUCAUUCAAGCCAAGCUGCUGCAAAGCCCAGAAGUCUCUGGAGUUCAUCCCAAUAAACUUGCACACACAGAGGAUGAGAGUGACGUGCCCCCGAAAAACAGAGAUACUCAAAGGACUCUGGCUGGCUGUUUCUAGGUCAUCACUCAGGUUGAAAGAUGCGUUGUAUGACAUUAUCACUGUCGGUGCUCCCGCAGCCCACUUCCACGGCUUUAAGUGUGGAGGCCUUCAGCGUCUUCUGAGCAGAUACGAAGGAGAGAAGAAGAGCUUUAGCACUGCCUACCAGUGUAUCUACUACUCCCCACAGCACACAGCCAAAGCGCAGGAGGUCCUCAGCACCGUGAGUCUCCUCCAGCCCCUCAUCACGAGCUUGGCUGACCAGCUCCUCCAGGCUGCCCUUGAACACUCCUCCCAUGGACUCAAGGAUGCACUCAAGAGCCUCUCUGACAAGACGGAGCAAUUUGUCCACACGCUCAAGGACGAAUUGGUGAAGAGCGCCCUGCUAGCGCUCCACGCCGCCCGGCCCGGGUACGUCUCCAAGAGCCAGAAGCAAACUCCGGUGCUGUGCCACCAGCAGGGUCAGGGUGGGGAUCAGAACCACAGUCCAGUCCAAGGACUUCCAGGCCACAGUCCGACCACACCUGUGCCAGAAAGCCCGGUGGUGUGUAAUAAUGUGAAAGGAGGCGACUCCGGGUCGCUGAAGCACCAAGACUCCAUACCACACCAUAAAGAGUACGAUGAGGAGGAAUGGGACAGGGUGUGGGCCAACGUGGCCAAAUGUCUCAACUGUGUGAUCGCCAUGGUGGACAAACUCCUAGAAGGUGACAACAGCAAGCAAGAGCCGACCCCUGAGCAACGGCUCGCUGAUGUCACCACCUCACACAACCCAGGUGACUGGCGAGAGCAGCUGAGUCCUCUGGUGAGCAGACUAAAGGAGUGUGUGUUGGAGGUGGUGGAGAAAGCAAAGAGAGCAAUGACCUUCGUCCUCCUGCAGGAGGCAGCGUGCAGCAUACCUCAAGGCUUUCACCUGCAGCAGAGGAGAGACGUAGUCUUCAGUCAGGCACUGGCAGCGCUGGCGUGUGGCUUUGUGAUGAGGUUGUACGCAGGCUUGCAGGACAAAGACUUCCUGAGGCAACUCCACCUUGUUGGCCUGGUGGCACAGUUUGAGAGCCUGCUGAGUACUUACAGUGA